AUGUCGCCCCCGCCAAGCCCCGGGCAGCAGCUCGCCGCGCAGCAGAGCCUUCUGACCAAGAAGAUGGUCAUGGGAGGCAGCGUGGUGCUCUGGAUCGCUUUAAGCUUCUCCGUUAUCAUCUUCAACAAGUACAUUCUCGACAGCCGACUGCUCAACUGGCCCUUCCCCAUCAGCCUGACGAUGAUCCACAUGGCCUUCUGCUCGUCGCUCGCCUUCCUGCUCGUCAACGUCUUCCGCGUCGUGCAGCCGCUGCCCGGCGGGCUCAAGCCCGACGUCUACUUGACGAGCGUCGUGCCCAUCGGCGCGCUGUACGCGCUGAGCCUGUGGUUCUCCAACUCGGCGUACAUGUACCUGUCCGUGUCCUUCAUCCAGAUGCUCAAGGCGCUCAUGCCCGUCGCCGUCUACCUGCUCGCCGUCGCCUUCCGCAAGGACGCCUUCCGCGCCGCCACCUUCGCCAACAUGAUUCUCAUCGCGAUCGGCGUCGCCGUCAGCGCGUGGAGCGAGGCCAACUUCAACGCCACGGGCGUGCUGCUGCAGCUCGCCGCCGUCGCGUUCGAGGCGACGCGCCUCGUGCUCAUCCAGAUGCUGCUGACGGCCAAGGGCAUCUCGCUCAACCCCAUCACGAGCCUCUACUACAUCUCGCCCGUCUGCCUGCUCUUCCUCUCUGUGCCCUGGUUCCUCGUCGAGUUCCCCACGCUCGUCCCCGCCAUGGCGGCCGGCGCGCACCCCAGCGUGCUCGUGUUCGGCGCCAACUGCGUGUGCGCGUUCGCGCUGAACCUGGCGGUGUUCCUGCUGAUCGGCAAGACGUCGGCGCUGACGAUGAACGUGGCGGGGAUCAUCAAGGACUGGCUGCUCAUCGCCUUCUCCUGGUCCGUCAUUGCCGAUCGCAUCACCACUCUCAACCUCCUCGGCUACCUCCUCGCCUUCGCCGGCGUCUGCUGGUACAACCGCGUUAAGAUGCACGAGAUGAACGCCAAGGAAGCAGCCGUGAAGCAGGCGCAACAAACGGACGAGGAGACGGGCUUGCUUGAGGUGCCCAGAGAAGCUCAAAACACGACACUUACACCACUUCCUGCGCCUGUUUCUGUGGCGUUGGCUGAUCCCACUACGGGACCAGUCACUGCACGUCACACUACCACUUUACCGUGUCCUGCUGCUCCCUCCGGGUCUCUCACUGGGUUUCACGUCCCCUCGUUCUCCCGGAACUUGGUGGGCGUGCGACCCCUCGUGAGUCAGCACGUGGGUGUGUGGUUUGAGCCUUCUGGAGAGACUGCGGUUCCUACGUCUGUUCCAGUCGCUGCGUCGUGCUCCUGCCGGUCGCUUGCCCACCCUACUAUUCUGUGGCACCACCGGAUGGGGCACCCGUCCCUUCCUCGUUUGCGCGCUAUGUCUAGUCAGCGUCUUGUCCUAGGCCUCCCACGUGUCUUGCCGUCGCUGCCGCCUUCGCUUGCGCCGCCGUGUGGUCCCUGCGUCGAGGGUCGGCUGCGCGCCACCCCUCACUCCUCCUCCCUUCGUCCGGCCACCGAGCCUUUUGAGACGCUUCACUUGGACGUCUGGGGCCCCGCCCCUCGUCUAGGCCCUGAGCGUGAGCGCUACUUUCUGGUGGUCGUUGACGACUUCUCCCGCUACACCACAGUGUUCCCUCUGGCGAAGAAGUCUGAGGUGACUUCUACGCUGAUCAGGUGGUUGCUCACCACCGAGGACACUCGUGGUCGUCGUGUCAGCUGUCUCCACUCCGACCGUGGGGGUGAGUUUCGCUCCGGCAUUCUCGCUGGAUUCUGUCGCGAGCAGGGCAUUCGUCAGUCCUGGACGCUUCCAGAGUCCCCACAGCAGAAUGGGGUUGCUGAGCGUCGCAUAGGCCUGGUCAUGGAGAUCGCCCACACCUCCCUGACUCACGCCUGUGCCCCCCAUUUUCUGUGGCCCUACGCGGUCAGGUACGCCGCGCACCAGCUGAACCUCUGGCCACGUGUCUCUCGACCAGAGGUUUCACCGAAUAGUCUUUGGACAGGGUCCCCUGGUGUUGCGUCGCGGUUUCGUGUCUGGGGGUGCUUGGCUCUUGUCCGCGACACCUCCGCGGACAAGCUCUCGCCUCGUGCCAUCCUCUGUGUCUUCCUUGGUUUCCCUGAGGACUCCUCUGACUUCACCUUUUACCACCCUCCCUCUCACCGAUUCUUUGACUCCCGUGACGUCCGUUUCGAGGAGUCCACUCCGUACUACGUCAGGUGUGUCCCAGGCUACCCCUCCUCCUUCGGUAGCCCCUCCGGUACAGCCUCCCUCCCCACAGUCCUCCUCGCAGCGUGCCGCUGGUGCUAG